AUGUCGGUCAACGGGUCCGUCGAGAUCCUGCGGUGGUUUGAAGAUGACGAGGCCACUACUGAACACGGCACGUCCGACGAUAAAGUCAACUACAACAGCAUCGUAUGGUCUCAGGCUGAAAAUGGCGACCCGCUCGUCUGCGUCACGGGAGACUCUCGCAUCAAGGUCUUGAAUGUCCGGACCGGGGAGCUCACAGCAUCAGUGAACGAUCUCGCCAUAUCGCCGAUAGACCCAACCAUUCUCGCCUCCGUGAGCAUUGACCAUAGUCUCCGAAUAUGGAGCCUCCACCCCGAUCACGAAAAGCAGCCCCUCGGAGCCAUUUGUUACGGGCAAGGCCAUAAGGACCAGGUGCUUACCAUUUGGGCAGUACCCGAAGACCUCAAGGAACACGCUGGCACCGACAAGCCGGCCAUAGUGCACUAUCCGCACUUUUCCACUACCGAGAUACACACUGACUUCAUCGACUGGUAA